AUGGCCCUGCUGCGGGACAGGAACUCCUGCACCACACCAUCCAACAAAGUUCCCGUCGUGCAGCCGUCCCACGGAGUCCACCCGCUCACCCCGCUCAUCCCGUACAGCAACGACCAUUUCAGCCACGGCUCCCACUCGCCCCACCUGCCCGCUGACAUCAACCAGAAACAAGGAGUGCACCGUCCUUCCCAGACGUCAGACAUCCCUGGUUUCUACCCCCUGCCCCCCGGAGGAGUGGGACAGAUCACGCCCUCGAUGGGAUGGCAGAGCCAGUCUGUCUAUCCGCUCCCGUCAUGUGGAUUUAGACAGCCGUACUCGUCCGCGCUUUCUGCUGGGGCUUCUUUCUCCAGGUUCACCCACCCGCUGAUGCUGGGCUCUGGCAUGCACACCACCGGCAUCCCGCACCCCGCCAUCGUGCCCCACUCCGGCAAGCAGGACAUGGAGCACUAUGACCGAAACAUGAAACCUCAACCAGAACCAAAGAGAGAGAAGGAAGCCAAGAAGCCCACUAUCAAGAAGCCCCUGAACGCUUUCAUGUUGUAUAUGAAAGAAAUGCGGGCGAAAGUCAUCGCCGAGUGCACCCUGAAGGAGAGCGCUGCCAUCAACCAGAUCUUGGGAAGGAGGUGGCACGCGCUGUCCCGGGAGGAACAGGCCAAGUACUAUGAACUGGCUCGCAAGGAACGGCAGCUCCACAUGCAGCUCUACCCUGGCUGGUCUGCCAGAGACAACUACGGGAAAAAGAAGAGACGAACACGGGAAAAGCAGCAAGAUUCCAACUCAGAUCCUGCCUCUCCUAAGAAAUGCAGAGCUCGCUUUGGCCUCAACCAACAAACGGACUGGUGCGGCCCGUGCAGGAGGAAAAAGAAGUGCAUUCGGUACCUACAAGGAGAAGGACGCUGUGCCAGCCCAGUUUCUUCCGAUGGAAGUGCUAUAGACUCGCCUCCAUCCCCUCCGGACGCACUCCGAUGCCUCCCCUCCGCCUUCCCGUCAGAGCAGCUCGCAGCCCCCGCCGACCCCGCGCACCGCGACCAGCCCGACCCCCGCCCGGUGCCCGCGCAGCUCCCGCCCGCCUCCGGCCCCUCCAGACCCGGCUCCGGCCCCUCCAGACCCGGCUCCGGCCCCUCCAGACCCGGCUCCGGCCCCUCCAGACCCGGCUCCCGGCGCCCCGCGGCCGCGUCCCCCGCGCACAGCCGCGCCCCCGCGGGGACAUAG